CAAGAGAUUUACCCCUACUUCUACUGUCGUCGUAUUUAUUAUCUAACAGGUUGCCAUUACGGCAUAAAUGCUGUGUUAAAACGCGUUUAGGAGUAAGUUAGUGUUGCCACGCCUUAGAAUUAAGUCUUGUGUUCAUUACAGAAAAAACAUAAGGUUUCCACGGAUGUUCCAGACGGCCAUGCAUGUUAAACGCGUUUUGGAUUUGUUUACACUUCAAAUUAAUACUGGUUGUAUCGCAUUUGGUAAAUUACAUCACCAAGAUGAGAAAUAACAUGCUUACUUGUAAAAUGACUCAACAAACUAAUUGAAAGGACAUUUCUGGUGCUGUUGAAAGAAAAGAAACGGAGAAGGUGGUGUUGCUCUCGCUUUACUUUUCUUCUCUUUGUCUGGAUGUGCGCCCUGGAUGACACCCGCUCUUCUAGACACAGCGGCAGCAGCAGCAGCACCGGCGGUGGCAGUGGCAGCUGUGGCGGUUUAUUUAUCAUUGCGGCAGCCGAGGGAAUCGGAACGCAACCGAGGGAGAAGAAGGAAGGAAGGAAGGAGAAAAACGGCUUACACGUCCACCAUCCAAGCAUGGCUACCCAAAGCACGGCGUCGUGCACCGGAUCCACUUUGCUGCAGCCCAUCUGCGACAUUAUCAACCUCCCUCUCGACCAGGUUAACUUUGUGGCAGGCCAGUUGUUUGCACUGCUCAUGGCCGUGUGGUUCCGUCUCUACCUCCACCCUAGUAAGACCAGUCCCUUCGUCAGACAUGUUGUGGCCACUCUGCUGGGUUUCUAUUUGGCUCUCUUCUGCUUUGGCUGGUAUUCCCUCCAUUUCCUGGUGCAGAGCGGUUUGUCCUACAGCGUGAUCGUCUUCGCCGGCCUGGAGCACAUGCACAAGUACUGCUUCAUCGUGACUCUCGGCUAUUUGAUUGUGUGUCAGAUCACACGUGUUUACGUGUUUGAUUACGGCAUGUACUCGGCAGACUUUACCGGGCCCAUGAUGGUGAUAACACAGAAGAUUACGAGCCUGGCAUUCGAAAUACAUGAUGGUUUGACCAAGCGAGAGGGACAACUGACUCAAAGUCAGAAAUACUUUGCUAUCAGGAGAAUGCCCAGCCUGCUAGAGUACCUCAGCUACAACUGCAACUUCAUGGGCAUCUUGGCCGGACCCACGUGCGCCUACAACGACUACGUGGCUUUCAUCGAGGGCACAUGUUACCAACCGCGUCACCAGGAAAAUGCCAAUGGCAAGGAGAAUGGCAAGCACAAGCAGAGUGAACCUUCGCCCAAGGGUGAUGUCAUCUCCAAGCUGUGUACUUGUGCCAUCUCUCUGGCCAUCUACUUGUCGCUGUGCAAGCUGAUCCCAGUGGAGCGCUCUGUAGAUGAAGAUUUCAUUAACAACACACCCUUCUACCUUCAAGUGGUCUACCUGUACCUGGCCAUGCUGGCGCUCAGACCAAAGUACUACUUCGUCUGGACACUUGCUGAUGCCAUCAACAAUGCGGCAGGAUUUGGCUUCAAUGGCUACAACAAGGAUGGCUCCCCGCGGUGGGACCUGAUUUCCAACCUCAGAAUACUGGACAUUGAGUUUGCCACCAGUUUCAAGCUUUUCCUUGACAACUGGAAUAUUCAAACAUCUCUUUGGCUCAAGAGGGUGUGUUAUGAGCGCUGUCCCAUCAACCCCACUGCCGCCACCUUCCUGCUCUCAGCAAUGUGGCACGGCGUGUACCCGGGCUACUACCUGACAUUCCUCACUGGCAUCGGCAUGACGAUGGCGGCACGUGCUGUUAGGUACAACAUCAGACCUCACUUCCAGGUCUCCGAAACAUACAGGCGCAUCUAUGACGUCAUCACGUGGGCAUGGACUCAAGUUGCCAUCAGUUACACAGUGGUGCCCUUUGUCCUCCUGGCUGUGUGGCCCUCGCUCAAGUUCUACAGGUCCUGGUACUUUGGCUUACAUCUACUGUGUCUGCUGGUAGUCCUGGCCCUGCCGGUCCGAUCGCGACGUCGCGAGGCCAAAGACCAACAGGAGAGCACGCAGACCAACGACUGUAGCCAGAAAGGCUAAACCACAUGAGGCUCGGCACAAGCAUAUAGUGAGACAAAUUGGAGACCACUGAGAGCCGGAGUCUGUUUACGGACGAGGAACCAAAUAUUGGAUGUGCUUGGACUGGACGGACCUGACCCAAACUUCUAGCAGCAAGGAGGACAGAGUGGUUGCAUUACAUUUUACUUGUGGAAGAUGGAGAUAAACUGAAUUCCAAGCUGCCUUAAACCCUCUAUGUACCUGUCAGGUGAAACAACAACACAUUUGGAUGACACCUGUACUCAAAGUGCACGUGGAGUCCGUAUGUGGAGGGUUUUUGUCAUUGUCUGGAUACAAGCCUCUGUUAAGUGGAAACAUUACCUUUAUCAUCAGCUGCCAACUUUAAAAACAGGCCUUAGGAUCCUCAAAAUUUUUGAUUUCACUCAACUGGUUGUUGACGUGAAUAAUAAGUGUUUUGUAUUUUGAUGUGACGACAUUAUUCUCAAUGCUUUCUUUUGCAGAGAUUCGAAUGAAUAGAAAAGUCCCAAAGAGGAAACCAGAUCUCGACUGUGGAAGUGGAAAACUCUUGCCCAAUGGAUUAAAAAAAAAAAAAAAGAUAUAUAUGUAUGUAUAUAUAUAUAUAUAUAUAUAUAUAUAUAUAUAUAUAUAUAUAUAUACAUAUACACAUACAGAAUAUGUAUUUAUCUUCUGCUUUUUGACAAACCCGACUUAUCAGAAUCAAAUAUCUGUGCGUUUCAAAAGGGAGAUGAUUAACACAGUCGUGACUUUGGAUCAUUCUUUUCAAGGUUUUCCUCCUUGAGCUCCAAGGGUGAAGUUCUUUUCAUUUGAAUUUGAUUUUGUUUGACAUGUUCCUGUUUUUCACACUGCAGCCUUGCUAUGUGCCACAAACCCCUACAUGGCAGAAAUGCAAAUACUGCAUUUCCUCAAAUAGUGGCCUCUGCUUCACUCACCGCAAAUUACUUGCUGGGUGCAUCAUCCACUUUAAUAAAUGCCUCCCUCAAAUAGAUGUCUCAUUUUUGAUCAGGAAAAAAAAAGUACUGUAGUGACUGUAAUUAAUAGGGUUGAACAAGUUUGAAAAAUAAUCUCAUUGCAAUUGCAAAUUAUUAUUUUCUCAAGGUCUUUUUUAACAAACACAUGCAAUAAAAUAAGAUGUACUACGAUAA